CUUACAACCACAACGGUCCACUGCAAAAUGGGAAUGCGCGGGUACAGAGUGUAUCGCUACAAACGCCGCUAUUUCGUCACAUACAACCACUACGACAGCGACCCGACCGUCUUUGGCGUGCGAGUUAAGAACGAGGUACCAUCCGACGCAGCAGACUAUCAGCUCUGGCUAGCAACGCUUCGCCAAAAGCUCGAGAAAGAAUUGGAGGCUCAUGCUGUUGACAAGAACGCGUCUGACUUUGGAAUCUCCCACCGGCCACCCGUGAAUGAUAUACUCAUCGAGUGGAUUUAUGAGCUGGAUCUGGACAACGAACUGUUUCUCGUGGAUAACUGUCCGAUUUUUUCGUUGAAGAACAUCCCCGCUAACGACAAAGUGUUUUGUGCCUGCAUCGGAUUCGACAGCUAUGGUCACCGGAGCUAUUCGCCAUGGACGCCCGUCAAAUAUCGCGGCAGCUGGGUCGUUGAUCCACCGCUUGUUGAUCAGGCAGCCAUUGUGGCUUACGCUGCUCUUGAGCCAGAGAUAGUUGGAAUCAACGCCAUUCUCGACCUUCCGCCGGGUAGGGAGCCUCUGCAGUGGGAGUUGACACGUGUCGCAUUCUAUGAAAUCGUUGUGGGCGGACGAAUGCGCGCUGACUCAUUUGCACCGUCUAUUCACGUGCUGCAAACCGUGAGCGAUCGCAGGGACAUUCCCUUGUACAUCUCCUCAUGGGGAGCUGCGGUUUUGCGGCUGGGAAUACGGCGUCUCGACCUGAAUAGCAUAGAGAACGGUGAACCUGGCUCCAACCGUGACAUCGAUUCCGCGCCUGUCUCGGCACAACAGCUGCUCUGGAUUGUCCCAAAUACUGUUUGCGUGCGAUUCUGCACACACCUUAACGACGAGCGGGUUUGGAAGAAGGAGGCACGUGAAAUGGCGCACGAAAUGGAGCAAGUCAAGUCCGAAACUGUAUUCGGGAUCCUGUUUUCGCUUUUCCACUGCGCAAUCAUGAAGCGAGUGGACGGAAAUUUACAAGUCACCCGAGCGAUGCAAUUCUUGCCAUCAUUGCACGCAGACAACCCUUCGACUCCGGGUAUCGCGGCAGUUGCACGGCUUGGGCUGUGUAAAGCACUCCAUAAACCUAGCGUAAGUUGCGUAACCCGGAAUAGUCUACCGGGUCAUUUUCUGUCCUCCGUUCCGCCAGAAAUCAUUCAACAUAUAGUUGAAGACCUCUCUCCGACAGACCUGGACCACCUCUCGUGGGCAGCGCCCGCAAUAUUCGAGCCUCACGUGAACACCCUGCUGUGUCGUUAUUCGUAUGUCGGCGAGUAUAGACUUGACCGCGUUCUCCCGGAGUCCGUCCCCUCCAACCUAAGCGAAGACGAAAACCGCCAAGGAUCCCCGUCAGGCCUGCCUGCGGUUCAUUCGCGCUACUUUGCCGCGACCUUUCUCGGGCGGCCCCAGUCCCUGGAGGCUCAAAAUAUGGCGGAUAUCCCCAAGUUACAGGUUAUGAUCAACUCUGACAUGGUCUACCUCGACUAUGAGGACAAAUCGGUGGGAAAUUUCCAGUAUUGGCGCGAUGACUACUGGGAUCGGAGCCGCGACGACUAUCGACUACUAAUGGGGGUCGCACUGAGCUCCCCCCAUUUCGGACAGACCUAG